AUGCGCAGGUGCUUCCUGAAUUUUUAUAGCGCCGAGGAACUGGCCGAUUGGGUGUUCAAUAGCGCAAAGUUCCGCCCCAUGAAGCUGAAGCUGAGUUGCUGCGAACGUAGCGAAGAAGUGCGUGAUGCCUUACUUCGCAAGUUCCACCGUUGGCCCGGAAUGAAGAUUUCUGAGGCAACCGAACAAUGGCAGAAACUGAGCCAAGAAGCAGAGCGACAAUGUCAGGAGCACGUGCAGUUAUAUCUCCGGGAUCUGCAAGGGAAGUUACUGGCAGGUGCUACAGCUCUGUUCUGGCUUAACUUGCUCCAACCACUAACUCAUCCAGCGUCCAUGCCGAGAGCGGAAGUCCGAGACGUUUUACUAGCGUUUGUAGACGAACUCAAGAGCGUCGACAGCUUCUACGAACAGUUGAUGGAGAAAAAUGCGCGUCUGUGGGCGGUAUUGACGCUACCGUUGAAGCUCGAGCCGCUGCGAUGGAACUACUGA